AGUAGUGAUGGUGUUUGGGCAGUGGUGAUGAUGAUGAUGAUGCGCAGUGCAGUGGUGAUGAUGCGCAGUACAGUCAAUAAUAAUCAUCACCAUCACGACAUUCCACGCAUACUACAGCAGAGCAGUCACAGACUCAGACUCAACAGACAAAAGACAAAGAAGAUGUACUUUCCGCAGAAUCAGAAACAUCGUCCUUCACUCCCUUAUUACCCUGCUCAUCCCCUUCUAUCCCUCCUCUCCUCUCCUAUACAUCUCCUUUCCCAUACAUCUCCUUUCACACAUCUUCCCUCCACUCCUCCCUUUCUUCCUUCUUAUACCCCCCAAAGUCACCCAUUAAAUCGGAAUCGCCCCACUAAUCUUAUUCCCCGUAUCAACCGGCAAGGCCAGCACCCUGUACAGGAACGUAUUAGCAAGAGCACACACGCACAGGUCUCCUAUGCAUCCCCUCUCCGCGUUAUGAGAGACAAAACACAUACUUCUUCCCCGUCUCCGUCGCACAGCAACAGCACAGCAGACUCGCGGGCCAGCACACAAUCUGUCACGUGUGUUAGCCUCUUGCGUUCACAUCCAGCAUACGCAGCACGUUCCAGCAGAACGUCGAAAUAAAAAGUGAGAAAAGUGACAACAGAAAAAAGAACCGAAGAAAAGUAGAAGAAGAAAAAAACAUACCGCCAUCCCAACCGUAACCACAAACCCAAGCGUCGGCCCUACGACUUUACAAUGGCAG